ACCUUCAGCUCUCAGCAGAUAUUUUCUAUCAGACUUCUUCAGUCCCUCACAUUGUUCUGGAUCUUAUUUCCAGCUUCAGUUUGUGGAGUUUUCCAGAUAUUUAUUUCUGUAGCUUCCUGAAUGUCUCACCUCAUGUUAAUCAGGUUGAGAUCUGGACUUUGACUGGACCAUUGCAACACCUUGGUUAUUUUCUGUUUUAGAUUUGCUCUACUGUGUUUGGGGGACAUUGUUCUGUUUGGACCCAGUUUGGACCAAGCUUCAGCUGUCGGACAGAUGUUCUCACAUUGGACUCUAGAAUAGACGGAGGAGCCCACGCUCCUGUCAGUGAUUGCAAGGUACCAAGGUCCAGUGGCGACAAAACAAGCCCAGACCAUCACCCUCCCACCACCGUGCACCACUGUGUCAGUUUAAGGUGUUGGAUGUGUGUUGUGAUCAAAUAUCUCUACUUGUCCAGCGGACCUUGCUCAGGAGUUCUGUGUCCCAUUCUGAUGGAGAUGGAGAGGAAGCUUUCUCCUUCAACCCUUCUGAAGGCUCUGACCUUGGGGUGAAUUUACCUGGAAGUCUGCUCCUGGAAACAUUUGCAGCUGUCGUAAAGGUUCCCCUUCUUGGGUAUAAUCUUUCCCACCAUCGAUUAAUGUCCAUCAAUCAGUUUGAAUGUGGUCUAUUAACCCUUCCCAGGCCAAAGACCAGCAGCAGUUAUGUCUCUAAGGUCAUUGCUGAUGUCUUUCCACCUUGUUAUUAGGUUAACGGACUCCUGUAAGCACCAGAGCCGCUAACGUCCAGAACUCCUGUUUUUAAAGAAGCGCUCAUACUGAUGAUGCUCAGUUAAUCGACUGUGUUUAAUUAUCAGCCCCCGGGGUGUACUUUACCUUUUGAUUCUUAUGGAUCCUGGAAGGCUCCUCUUCUGUUAGACUUUAUCUCUAAUAUGAAAAUAUAUGUCAAAUCUGUUGUUUUUUCUACACUUGAGGUCAGAUUUAAAUCAUUUUAAAGCCUGAUAAUGUCCACAUCAUUAAUAUACCCUAAAAUUAAAAGGGGGUGUACUUUCUUUCUACCCUCUCUGUAAGUAAUUGGAAGCUUGGCAUAGGUUCUGGUGUGACAGGUCGCAGCAGAGCUACGUUGGUCUACCCCUCCUCAGUGAAUAUCCACCUGAAUGGAGCUGCUGAUCUUUUUCUCUCUAAUCUGUUUAUCUCUGCUCUGCAGCCGCAGUCUAAACUGGACCCGUCUAAUCUCCAUGGGAACAUCGGGUUAUACCGUUGCAUAACAUUUCAUCAGGAGCUCAGCCUUACAGAAAUUAAACGACCAUUUCCUCCCGCGCACCUGACUUCAAUAUAAAUAAUCAUCCGAUAUUCUGUUAACAAAAAUAAAAAACCUCAUUUAUAUUCUGAUUCUGCCCGUAUUUUUAUGCGGCUGUUUAAAUGGGAUUAGAGGUCAUGGACACCAUGUUAACCUUCGUCCCUUUCUGGAGGGACGAAGAGGUGUGGUCUGGGACAUCAGAUGACCACCCCCUCCUCACCUGUCUGCUGUGUCUUGGGUCAACGGUGUACGGUUCUCUGCUGGAAAGAAAACAGAUGGAGAUGAUGAUGGCGUUCUGACCUCAGCAUGUAAGAAAACCCUGUUUUUCUGGGUUCUUCCGGGCCAACUAAUUGGAAAGGACUCCAUCCACAGCCAUGUUCUGAAGAAGAGGAACAGUUUGGACAGCAGGUCCUCCCACCAGAAGGUGAACUUCCAGCCCGGUCUCAGGUCUUCUGCAGCUUCUAACUGGUUUUCUUCUGGUAUUGUCCUGGAUUUAACUCCAUCAACUGUGUCCAGCUUCCCCGUCCUUACUGAAGAUAAGUGUCCCCACAGCAUGAUGCUGCCACCACCGUGUUUCAUUGGAAGGAUGUUGAUUUUUCUGCUACACAACAUUUUUUUCAAUUUUGCUAACUUUUCAAACUGGGCUUCUUUAGCUUUUCUUCUUGCUGCUUUUCCAUAAAGACCAGAUUUUGGUCGGUUGUCCAGUAAACAGAUUCUCCCACCUGAUCAUGAUGCUGGUUCUUCUCUAAUGUUCUCUAACAAACCUCUGAGGCCAGAAACAGAACAUCUGGAUUUAUUCUGAGAUUAAAUUUGAGCACAAGUGGACUUCUUUCUAAUUAGGUUUCUUCUGAAGGAAUUUGAUUUCUCUGGAUGUAUCACAGUGAAAGAAGUGGAGAAGAAGUGCACCCAACAUGUUUCAUGUUGAAUAAAUAAAAUGCAUUGUGUGAAUUCUAGAAUAAGUAUUUUUCUUCCUGUUUUUUGUUAUAUUUUUCUUCAAAGUAGCCUGACUUCCUUGCAAAUAUUUAAAGUGGCCUUCAUUGCUAGUUGUCCAGUCAGGGUGAGAAGUGCUCUAUCCUCCUGUUUGUGUUCUGCAGAGAUGCCUGGAGGCCAGUACCAGGUGACAAACACCAGGUUCAGCCACAGCUUGUACAGCCUGACGGAGAGCUCAGACGGCUGCCAUGAGGAGGAGGCCGACGGCUCGCUGCGCCUCACCCCUCUGCAGAAACUCACCUUGGCCAUGUGCAAGGACGAGAAGACCAUCAAGGAGCUGAUCAUCGGCCGCAGGGUGGGCUUCUACAAGGUCCGAGGGGAGAUCGGCUACGGGACCUUCUCCAGGGUCAAACUGGCUUUCCAUGCCCUGACCAAAGAUAAAGUGGCUCUGAAGAUCCUGGACCGGAUGAGGCUGGACGCCCAGGCCCAUCGCCUGCUCUCUAGGGAGAUCAGCAGCAUGGAGUCCCUGCAGCACCCCAACGUGAUCCGGCUGUACGAGGUGGUGGAGACGCCGAGCCGCCUCUUCCUUGUGCUGGAGUACGCAGGAGGGGGAGAUCUCCACAACCGGAUCUGCACCGUGGGAAAACUGUGUGACACCACCAGCAAGAUCACCUUCGCCCAGAUCCUCUCUGCUGUCAAAUACAUGCACGACUCGAACAUCAUCCAUCGUGACCUGAAAGCAGAGAAUGUUCUGUUUACCAGCGGUGGCUGCGUGAAGGUUGCCGACCUUGGCUUCAGCACCCGGGUGUCGAGUCGCAGCAGCUCCCUGGACACCUUCUGUGGCUCGCCCCCCUACGCUGCUCCGGAGCUCUUCAGGGACGACUGCUACCAGGGACCACCCGUAGAUGUGUGGGCCAUGGGGGUCCUGCUCUUCUUCAUGGUGACUGGCACCAUGCCGUUCCGAGCAGACACCAUGGGCAAGCUCCGGCGCUGCAUCAUUGAAGCUAGCUACACGAUCCCCCCAUGGGUUCCUGGCCCCUGCCAGAGGCUCAUCAGGGGCAUCCUGAAGCCCGUCCCCACCGAGCGCUACGCUAUAGACCAAAUGCUGGGCUGCGACUGGCUCCUGCCCGUGGAGUUUCCCUGGACGCUGGUGCCCUUUGAGCCACCAAGUCCUCUGCAGAGCCUGCUGGAGUCGGAGCACGGGAACCUGGAGGAGGAGGAGGUGGAGGAGGAGGUAAGGAGCUCCCUGGAGGAGCUCGGAUUCACAGCGGAGCACCUCCAGAACAACCAGCUGACAGAGAGCCGCAGUCCCGUCACCGGAGUUUAUCGCAUCCUGCUUCACCAAGCCCAGAAGAGGCGGGGCUGCGACUCCCCUCCAGUGGUCCGGGGGAUGGUGAGGGACCCCAAGAGGGAGGGGCUCCGGGCCUACAGGGGCCUCCGGCACACCUCCAAGUUCUGUGUGCUCUCAUAAAAGACUUUUAAGUGCUUGAACUUUGUAUAAAAUCAUGUUUUAUACUAACUGAGUUUAACGUUUCAGUGUUUUCUCUCAUCAUUUAUAUGAAAGUGCCUGAAAACAACAAAUAAAAGGAUUGUGAGGUCAAAGGUGAA